AUGGCCCACGCGCAACCAGCAACCAGCCUGCAUGCGGCCUCCAGCCGGGCUCGUGGGCUCCCCGCAGCGUUUGGGGCCGGCUGCAAGUCGGGCGGGGAAGGGUCCACCGCCGCCAGGCGUCGGCUGGCUGCCCGCCGCUUCCGCCCACUGGCUGCCAGUGUGACAGAGCACUUUGGCGUGGAGGACUGGCCCGCGGUGCAGCAGUUGCUGGCCGCCGCGGGAGGCGACCACCUGGCCCGCCUGCGGGCGGUACUGGCGGUACGCCCCGACCUCGUGGCAGCCCGCACCUGGGCGCCCGCCUCCCCAGAUGACGUCGCCAGCGGCUACUCUGCCCUGCACUUUGCGGCUGCCGGCGACAACGUCGAGUGCCUAGCGGCGCUGCUGGCAGCCGGGGCCGACGUGCGCGCGCGCGAUGACCGCGGCGCCACCGCGCUGCACUGGUGCGCAGCAGCGGUGGCCUCCCUUGACCACGAGGGCAGCUGCGGUUUGUGCCUGCGCGCGCUGAUUGCGGCGGGCGCCGACGUGGACGCGCGCGACGAGGACGGCGAGACGGCGCUGCACUGCGCCGCACGCCUGGGCAACCUGGCCGCCAUCCGGUGCCUGGCGGAGGCGGGGGCCUACCUGGGGGCCGCCAACCUGGAGGGAGAGAGCCCGCAGAUCGUGGCCCGCAACCAUUGCAAGUGGGAGGCUGCGGUGCUGCUGGGGCAGCUGCAGGCGGAGCUGGAUGGAGCGCUGGUGCAGGAAGGUGCCCCAGAGGCGGAGUGUGUGGGCGGCGUGUGGCUGAGCGAGUUCCCCGUAGACGAGUGGUCUGAGGAGGCGCAGCUGAUAGCGGCUGCCAGCGCGGGGGACCUGCGGCGCCUGCGCGCGGUGCUGGCGUCGCGCCCAGAGCUUGUGGACGCACGCACCGCGCUGCCCUGCUCCGUGGCCAGCGGCUACUCUGCCCUGCACUUUGCCGCCUUCAACGGCCACAUGGCCUGCGUGCGGGCGCUGCUGGCUGCCGGCGCCGACGUGCGCGCGCGCGACGACCGCGGCGCCACCGCGCUGCACUGGGCGGCGGGCGCGGCGGGCGCGCUGGCGCGGGAGCGCGGCGGCGAGCCGUGCCUGCGCCAGCUGGUGGGCGCGGGCGCCGACGUGGACGCGCGCGACGAGGACGGCGAGACGGCGCUGCACUGCGCCGCACGCCUGGGCAACCUGGUCGCCAUCCGGUGCCUGGCGGAGGCGGGGGCCUACCUGGGGGCCGCCAACCUGGAGGGGGUGACCCCCCGCAUCCUGGCCCGCAACUGCUGCAAGUAUGAGGCCGCGGAGCUGCUGGGGCAGCUGCAGGCGGAGCUGGAGGCACAGAUGGGGCACCAGGGGCCGGGCCUGCUGCCAGGCGCGGCGCAGCAGAGCCAGGCGGUCGAUGCGGAGCAGCAGUGGGCUGCGGGCCUCUUUGGGCCGGAGCUCGUCGGCGCCGCCGUCAGGGUGUGGUGGGCCGAGCGAGAGGAGUUCAUGCUGGGGCACGUCACCAGCUGCGCCAUGCCAGACAGGGUGCACACCGUGCGCUUUGAUGCCGCCGACCUGUGCAUGCGCUGGCAGCGCGUGCGCCUGCAGCACGAACUUGUGGAGGUGCAGCGCCCUGACGGCAGCUGGGCCCGCUUCAUCCCCGCCCAGCUGCAGCGGCAGGGCUCCGCUUUCGACCAGUGAAGCUGAACUGGCACGGCAUGCAUGUCGCAUGCGAGGGGAGGAAAGCACACAGCACCUACCCCUCGCUCGACCAGAGCUUAUGAGCUGUAUCGGGGUGCUGCCGCACCAGCAAGUUCCUCUCUUGCCAUGUUAACUAUUAGAUGUGUCAAUCAGAUUCGAGCCAUGCCGCCCCAUUCAAUAUGAUCUCUUGAUUGCGCUGGCCGCCCCACCUGGCCUGCCCCUACCUGGGCGCCAAUACUACGCUGCUGCCACCCGUCACCGCCUACAUUGUGCCAGCACUGCCGCCACCUUCUGUUGUCGAUACUAUGCCCAGCCUGGGCCUCAUGCCUGCCCUUGAACAACCCAUCCAAUGCGUUCAAACGACUGAUGCGAUCUAUCACUCUCUCUCCCAGAGAUAUCCCAUUCCCCAAUCUAAUGCCCCGCCCAAUUCCAGUCCUGAUGUCUACUCUUUUGAGCUGUUUUAACAGGAAUACACACGC